UGUGGAGGUGCGGCGAUAUGCUACGUUGAACUGUGUGGCGAUCAUAUUCAUUGAAUAUAUUUUAAUUUUUGUUAAUAAGAACAAAGUAUAAUUAGGCUUGUGUUUAAAUUGUUCUUGUUAACAAUUUCAUAAUGCCGGAUUUAGAAAAAUUGUCUCUAGAGGCCAUAUACACAUCGGAGAAAAGGGGAAACGACGAGACUGGCGAUGGAUCUGAAGAAAGUCCAUAUAAAACAAUAUUGCAGGCAAUGCGCCACGCCGGAAAAGAGCCUUUUCCUACGAUUUAUGUAGAUUCAAAAGAUGAAGGUAAAACGUAUGACGUUGCUGCUAAGUCACAAUUAAAGAAGGUACAGAAAAUUUGGGUGAGAGAGAACUACAAAGCAGCUGAUAAAGCAAAGGCUGAAGAGGAAAGCAGUGACAAAAGGCAACAAAACCUUGAUGAAGCUAAAAAAAUUGUCAUUCAACAAGAUCCAAGCCUUCCUGAAGCUGUUUCAGUUAGAAUAAAUACAACAAAAGAUUACCGCGGCAAGAGAAUAUGCGUCAAAGGCUGGGUGCAUAGACUGAGGAGGCAAGGCAAGUCGCUCACCUUCCUAACCCUGCGUGAUGGUACCGGCUAUUUGCAGUGUGUGCUGCAUGGCCUACUCUGCCAGACUUAUAAUGCCCUGGUACUUUCAACUGAGUCUUCUGUUGUUUUGUAUGGGUCAUUGGAAGCGGUGCCUGAGGGCAAAACUGCACCAGGAGGUCAUGAAUUGACAGUAGACUACUGGGAGUUGAUUGGUCUUGCACCCCCCGGUGGAGCUGAUGCUAUCCUCAAUGAGGAGGCGCAUCCUGAUGUUCAGCUGGAUAACAGGCACAUAAUGAUCCGUGGGGAGAACACGUCGAAAGUGCUACGUGCUCGCGCCGCGGUGACUCGUGCGUUCCGCGAGCACUUCGCUGCGCGCGGCUACACCGAGGUGACGCCGCCCACGCUCGUGCAGACGCAGUGCGAGGGCGGCAGCACGCUCUUCAAGUUCAGCUACUUCGGCGAGCAAGCGUACCUGACGCAAAGUUCGCAGCUCUAUCUGGAGACGUGUCUGGCGACGCUCGGCGACGUGUACUGCAUCGCGCAGUCGUACCGCGCGGAACAGUCGCGCACCAGGCGACAUCUUGCUGAGUACAGUCACGUGGAAGCCGAGUUCCCGUUCAUCACGUUCGAAGAUCUGCUGAACAGGAUCGAGGAUCUGGUGGUGGAUGUGGUGGACCGAGUGUUGGCUUCGCCUGAAGGUCAGCUGGUGUACGAGCUGAAUCCGGACUUUAAGAAACCAACUAAGCCGUUCAAGCGCAUGGCGUACACGGAAGCUUUGGAGUAUCUUAAAGAGAACAACAUCACUAAGGAAGAUGGAUCCUUCUACGAGUUUGGAGAUGACAUACCCGAAAUGCCGGAACGCAAAAUGACGGACGCGAUCGGCGAACCCAUUCUCUUAUGCAAGUUCCCCGCUGAAAUCAAAUCGUUCUACAUGCCACGGUGUGAAGAUGACAAGCGUUUGACGGAGUCUGUGGAUGUCCUGAUGCCGGGAGUGGGGGAGAUUGUGGGGGGAUCUAUGAGGAUAUGGGACUAUGAUCAGCUUAUGGAAGGCUACAAACGCGAAGGCAUCGACCCGGCGCCCUACUACUGGUACACGGACCAGCGUCGCUUCGGCGCAGUCCCCCACGGCGGGUACGGGCUCGGCCUCGAACGAUUCCUGUGCUGGUUGCUCAACAGAUACCACAUCCGUGACGUGUGCCUGUACCCACGCUUCUUGGAGCGGUGCACGCCUUAAAAAAAAAAAAAUAAAUAAAAAUAAACGAAUCAAAAUUGUCUAUGCGUAUUACUUGUCAAGCUAUCAAUAAAAAAGUUAAAAAUAAAUAAACCAAAAUUGUCUAUGCUUACUACUUUUGUCAUCGUUAGUCUAUUAUUGGGAAUUUUGUUUGGAGUUUAUUUUUAUCAUGUAAGCUUCUUGAUUUUUAUCAGAUCUUCAUUGAUCGUGUAUACGCAGCAUUAUUUAACUGUCAGCUGUAAAGCGGGAAAAUUUUUAUGUUAUGUAGACAGAACAUUACAUUUCUGUAUCGCUUUAUGCUUUAUUUGCAUUGCUUUUGAGAAUUCCCGUGUUAAAAAGAUCACAUACAUAGACACGAACAAUACCUAAGCAUAUUAUGUAAUGUUGAAUUUUUCCAUAAUUUAGAAAAAUAUGCAUUACUUCAUGCAUUUAUUUAUCAUUUAUUGAAAAUAAAAAGAAUUGUGUAUGAUUUAGCUACAGGAAAGAAGUGCUCUUUGAAGUGUUUUUAAUAAAUAAUUUGUUUUA